CCCCACCCCACGCCAGUGAUUGAUUGAGUGGAGAGUACGCCGAAACUGAGAAUGGCUUUUUUCGUAGCUCUCCGAUCGCGCCUUGUCCCAAGGUUAUUAAGACUUAGGUGUCGUACGUCAAGGCUACUUUCUACGGAAGCAGCUUCUUCAUCCAAGAAGGCUGCUCCAGGACUCUCGCACUCGCUCUUUUCUGAUCUUCAUCAUCAGCUGCCUCCUCCGGAGGCGGCGCUGGCAAAGGAGCGGAAAGGUCUAAAGUUUCUUAGCAAUGUAUUCAUCUGGGCUCUCACCGGUGCUACAGCUGCUGCUGGUUACACAAGCUAUGCGUACACGUUAGAUGAAGUGAAUCAGAAGACCAAGGCCUUCCGAGAAUCUGCUUUCAAGACGACUCAACAACCAUCUCUUCAUUCUUCCGGCAUUCAUAAAUAUCAGGCAAUGCUCUACUCUGCUGCCGUCAAAGUUCCUGCCCGAGCUAUUGAUAUGUAUUUGGAGCUUAGGGAAGCUGUGGAGGAACAAGUUAAAGGCUUCGCAGAACCUCUCUCUGAAAAGCUUCUUCCAGAUAUGCAUCCCGCAGAACAGAAUGUAAUCUACACUCUCGUUCUUGAUUUGAAUGAGACUCUGCUUUACACUGACUGGAAGCGAGAGAGAGGGUGGAGGACGUUCAAAAGACCAGGUGUGGAUGCAUUCUUGGAGCACCUUUCCAAAUUCUAUGAGAUUGUCCUCUAUUCUGACCAGAUGGAUGCGUAUGUACUGCCCGUCUGUGAGAAGUUAGACCCAAAUUACUACAUACGUUAUAGGCUAGCCAGAAACGCUACUAAAUAUGAGAAUGGAAAGCGCUACCGGGAUCUGUCAAAGCUGAACAGGGACCCCAAGAGGGUUCUGUAUAUUAGCGGCAAUGCUUUUGAUACAAGCCUUCAGCCUGAGAAUUGUGUGCCUAUCAAGCCUUACAAACUCGAAUCUGAUGACACAGCCCUUGUCGACCUAAUACCCUUCCUUGAAUAUAUUGCUCGUAACAAUCCAGCUGAUAUCAGACCGGUUCUAGCCUCUUAUGAGAGAAAUGAUGUUGCCAAAGAGUUCCUUGAGAGGUCCAUUGAGUAUCAAAAGCGAAUGCAAGGACAGAGACAAGGCCGACUCUGGAGGCGUUAGAAGGAUCAUAAAACAUUUUAUGUAUAGUUAGAGACGAUUAUAUCCUCUUUGAUUCAUUACACCAUAAAACACAGCGAACAGAAGCUGCUGUUCUUCGCUGAGGGGUAAACUUAACAACUGCAAAUCGUGUCUUCCUCAUGAAAAUGUUAUGUUUUUUUACCCGAUUUUUACCUCUUUUGACCUUUGUCUCGGUUUAACAAAGUGAAGCUUUUCCAAGGAACCAAAAUGAAAUUUUAUUUUUAA